UGCGGUGUCCGUUCGCGAAUGAUCUUUUUCAGUCAGUUCCUUAUCGUUCAGAGGGUCGGUCGUUACAGUCACUCGAUACAAAGUGCCUAUAUAAUUUCUUAAACACAGAAAUUUUAAACUACGAACUAAUUUUAAUGUCAUUUUUUACUCGUUCAAAUUCUAUAUUUUAGUUGCAAUAAGAAUACGCUGGAAAGUUUUUGAAUUUUAAACAUUUUUCUCGUGAUUUUUUGUUCGAUAUUUUCUUCAAUAUGAAAACGCUCUUUCUGUUAUUCGUGUGUGCAACCGUUAUUAUCAAUUUUGGAACCUGUACAGAUACAGAUGACAUUACCACAUGGGAAGAUUUCAAGGAGAAAUAUAAAAGAAAUUAUACUGGUGCAGAUGACGAAACACGUAAAAACAUAUUCAAUAUUAACGUUGAAAAUAUAAAAAAACACAAUGAAAAAUUUGAUAAACGCGAAGUUACAUUUAAAAUGGGGAUGAACGAGUUUGGUGAUUUGACUCAUUCAGAAUUUUUAAACCUAUUCAGUGUUAGAGAAAUAAUUCAGAAAGAUGCAAAUGUUGAUACAGAGAAUGAUGUGCUUGUUUUUGAUGAUAGCGGUCCAUUACAAUGUGAUUGGAGAGAGCUCAAAGCGGUGAAAACUGUACACAAUCAGCAAGCCUGUAAAAGCGGAUGGGCAUAUAGCGCGGCCGAUGCUUUAGCUGCCAGAUACAAUAUUUCUUAUAACAAUUCUUGCGAUCCUUUGUGUGCCAGAUACUUCAUAAAAUGUUCGGGCGGCAUGGGUAAUAACGGAUGCAAAGGUGGUCUGGCUUUCAAAGCGUGUGAAUUAGUAAAUACAACCAGAGUGAUGCCUGAUGAAAACUCCUUUAAGAAUAAAGACUGUAAGCUGGAUAAGAUGAAAAAUAAGGUUACUCUCAACAUUAAAGAUUGUGUGAAUCGUAAACAUGGGUACGCGAAUAUUUCAAAUGAGCUUUGCACUAACGGUCCUGUGUCUGCUUCCAUCAGUGCUGAGAAACCAAGCUUUCAGUUUGCUAAAGAAGGUAUUUAUUACGAAGACGAUUGCGAAAAGACACCGAAUCAUCAAGUUUUAUUGGUUGGUUAUCAAAUCGAAAACUCAGAAAAUCCUUAUUGGAUAGUAAAAAAUUCGUUCGGCGAUUCUUGGGGUGAGAAUGGUUUCCUUAAAAUUUCCACCAAGGUUAGUAAAUCCGGGUGUAGAAUUAUCGGCGACGUGUCAUUCCCAGUAUUCUAAGCUGUAAUAAUUACUCCAGAGAUCUUUUUUAAAUUACAUUUUUUCUGAAUUAUUAUUUGUUAUCAUUCUUCAUUAUUUUAAGUUUAUAAACGUGCGUCAUCUUUUUAUCAAUAAAAAUAUGUACCAUUUAA